AUGGAGUAUGUAACGUGUUUUAUUUUGCUGACAACAGCCUUCAUCUCACAGGUGAUGGCGAUCUGUCCGGCGACAUGCGAGUGUCCCACAGGCCAUCCGGUUUGCCCUCCAGGAGUUAGUACUUUACCAGAUGGAUGUGGGUGCUGCAAAGUGUGUGCGGCACAGCUUAACCAAGACUGCAGUCCCAUCAAGCCUUGUGAUUAUUACAAAGGGCUGGAAUGCAAUUAUGGCAACGACAUCACGGAGGCCUGGGGUGUGUGUCGAGCUAAAUCAGAAGGACGCUCAUGCGAAUACAGCGGCAGAAUCUACCAGAAUGGCGAGAGCUUCCGCGUUGGCUGUAAACACCAGUGUACCUGCAUGGAUGGCGCUGUCGGCUGCGCACCUCUUUGUGAUCACAAGCUGCCCGCGGCCUCGCCAUCGUGUCCUUUCCCUCAGCUGGUCAGGUUGCCCGGCCAGUGUUGUUUCACUGUGGACUGCCAUAAAGGCACCUGGCGCAUUCCAACCAAACAUGAUCCAAAGAUGUCUUUUCCAAAACAAUGGCCACCCAAACUGGAGCACGGUCCUGCCCCUCAGCCUCAUGAAAAUGAUCUGCCAGUGACCAAUGAGAUUGCGCCCCUGAAGACAAGUGGCUGGGAGGCUAAACAUGGCUACAAAUACCUGCCUGUGCAGAGCCACAAGCAAAAGUGUUCAAUCUUUACCACUGAAUGGUCUCAGUGCUCACGUAAUUGUGGGACCGGCAUCUCCUCUCGCCUCUCCAACAAGAACCCACAGUGCAAGCUGGAGAGAGAGACAAGACUGUGUACAGUGCGGCCAUGUAGCACUGUGCAGCCUCUUCUGAGCAAGAAAGGCAGGAAGUGCUCCACCAUGCAAAAAUCCCCAGUCCCCCUCCGUCUGACCUUUGGUGAGUGUGUAAGCGUGCGCCUCUACCGGCCCAACUUCUGUGGCCAGUGUUCAGACAGACGCUGCUGCUCACCACGUCGCUCCCGCACCCUGCCAGUCGACUUCGUCUGCCCGGAUGGCCAGCGCCUGCAGCGGUCAUCCAUGUUCAUCCAGUCGUGCAAAUGCAGCGAGGCGGCCUGUGGCCACCUGAACGACGUGGCCCUCCCACCACAGCACUGGAUGUACGGAGACAUGCACAAAUUCAUAGACAAGCAGUGA